AUGGCGCGGCAUUUGGGCAAGCUGCGCCGCCGCACCAUUCCUGUGGGCCUUCGGAGAGGUGGGAAGCAGCGCCGAACAAGCCGCAGGCUGAUCUCCACCCAGGCGCCCAAACAGCGGCGAGUACGGAUCCCAGUGGGGUUUGGUGCGACGGGGUGGUGGGAAACACAGGAGCACUGCUGUGGUAAGCGGGCCAAGGGCAAGGUGUCGUGCAUCGGAAGGGUCGCAUUGAGAGAGGGUGGUGGGCGCGACGUGCGUCGCGACAAGCCGGGCCAGGGCGCCCUGGGCUUGAGUGUGGCUCCCAACGGUGGAAGCUUUUCCACGGUUCGAUCAAUGUGUCUCAAGGUUUUGGGGGAGGGGGUGUGGCUAGCUAACCUCUUAGCGCAGCCGAGAUCAGAGACAGUGCAUCGUUUGAGCCUUCUUUUCCAACAGGGGUGGCACCGACAGUUUCAUCAAGGGGGGGUUCGGUUGGGGGCCAGCAAAGAAGGCGACGACGCGUCCAUGAGAAGGCACCGCAGAGUGCACCAGCAGAACAACAACCCACACGACCGGCGCAGCCGCGAGAUGCCAGGAGUGACAGGUGGAGAAGCGGCUUGCUGGGGGUCAAUCAGCCCGGUCAUCCUCAUGUUCGAUGCCGUGCCUCAAGCUGGCCCUGGUGAUGACGCAUCUGAAGCGUGUGUUGGAGCGAAGAAAAGUACUUCGUAUACUUCGUACAAUUAUGUAUUUUUGUUGGUGUGGGCGCUUGUUCAGAUUGCGGCGGAAUUCGCUUACUGGGCAGGUCAUGGAGCGGGGGAGAAGGAAAGAGCUCUCAACCGAUACUGA